CCGGAGCCAGGCACCGAGGGGAGAGCAGCGCCAGUGGGACACAGCCAUGAAAACCCCGGCAGAGCCAGGGUUUGCCUUUCCUGACUGGGCCUAUAAACCAGAAUCAAGCCCGGGCUCGAGACAGAUCCAACUGUGGCAUUUCAUUCUAGAAUUGCUGCGGAAAGAGGAGUAUCACGAUGUCAUUGCCUGGCAGGGAGACUAUGGAGAGUUUGUCAUCAAAGACCCGGACGAAGUGGCACGUCUGUGGGGUGUUCGGAAAUGCAAGCCUCAGAUGAAUUAUGAUAAGCUGAGCCGGGCACUCAGGUAUUAUUAUAACAAGAGGAUUCUCCAUAAAACCAAAGGCAAACGCUUUACCUACAAGUUCAACUUCAACAAACUGGUGCUAGUGAACUAUCCAUUCAUUGACAUGGGCAUGGGAGGAGGGCCGGUCCCUCAGAGUGCCCCACCAGUUCCUUCAGGCGGCACACACUUCCGCUUCCCUCCAUGCACCCCAUCAGAUGUCUUAUCUCCCACUGAAGAGCUGCGAUCGCCCACUCUUUUUUCCUCUGUGGCACGUCGCUUGGCACGGGGUUCAGUCAGUGACUGCAGUGAUGGCACUUCCGCUAACUCUGAAGUAGAGGAAAGUAUAAGCGAAGAGCAGCACCGCAGAGGCCCAGGGCCUGACAUUCCUGCAUUUAGGGGCCCUCACCUUCCACGGAUUACACCUGACGGCAUUUUCAGAGUCUACCCUCGUCCACGGGUGCCAGAGCCUCUCAGCCCAUUCCCAGUGUCGCCCAUGGGUGCACCAGCAGGUCUUCUCCCUCCACAGCUCUCACCUGCCCUGCCCAUGACUCCCAACCACAUGAACUACACCCCUUCACCCACACUAAGCCCCAUGUACCCAGGGGGUAGUCACUUUUCUUUUAAUCCUGAAGACAUGAAGCGCUACCUGCAAGCACACACACAGAGUGUCUACAAUUACCACCUCAGCCCACGGGCAUUCCUGCACUACCCAAGCAUUGUGGUUCCUCAGCCCCAACGCCCAGAAAAGCCCUUGCAUCUGCCUCCUGAGGAACCACCCUUUAAGUUUAAACUGCAACCCCCUCCACUGGGCAAGAAACAGAAGGAGCGGCCUUUAGAAGCUGGAUCAUCUUCAUCCUCCUCUUUAGGGGUCCCACAGAUAAAGGUGGAACCUAUUUCUGACACUGAAGAGGAUGAUGAGGAGCUUAUGGUGGAAGUUACUGACAUAAGUGAGGAGGAAGAAGAGGAUGAGGAAGUAUUUAAAGCUCCUAGUGCCCCAGAGCAGAAAGCUCCUCCACCUGCACCUUUUGGAAGGGAAGAGGAGCAAGUUAGUGCUGGGGGAGAAAGUGGCCGAUGUAUCCCACUCAAAUUGCGCUUUAAGCGGCGCUGGAGUGAGGACCAGCGCUUGGAAGCAGAGGGCGUGAGUGGAGAAGAAUCUGAUAAAAAAGUGCGGGGGAACCAAGAGGAGCUCAUUUUGCCCCCUCAGCCUGCUGGUGCUCCUUGUAGAAGGGUGAGUACUGACCUGCAGCGUGCCACAGAGGAACUCUCCCUGGAAAACCGGGAUUCCUAAUUAAUGUUAUAUUGGCCCCCUGAGAAAGCAAAGACUUGCAGCGUCCAAGGAAUUUUUAAACUAAUUUUAUUUCUCCAGCAUUGCGUAGGCGGAGAAAACAAAAAAAAAAAACUCAGAUGAAUUGUUACCAGGAGUUUAUCUCUGGACCCUUCUUAAACCAAACACAUACAAAUUUUAAGUCUGAUUCUUGAUUUUUGUAAUUAUUAAAUUUUUUUAUUUUGUUUUUCCUUUGACAUGAAAUGAUGGCAAGUACAGACCAGAUUAAUUCCAGAAGAUUUCCUUAAGAAAGACUACCCCCCCCCCCCCCUUUCCUUUUGAACCGAAGACGUCUGCGUUAUAGAUAACUUGCUGGGUGGCCGCCCUUAACCCAUUCUAAGUAAAUAUGUAAAUAUUGCCUCACCCAUGAAUAGAUAACUGCUCAGAGCCUUAAUAAGCCACAGGGCUUCAUUGCAAUUUGGCUCUAGAGAACAGCAACAAAAUCCCAAAGGAAGCUGCAAACCCAUAUUUGUAACCCUUCACUGCCCUCUCGCCCGGGCUCUGCUUUUGCCAGCGUAAGACUGGUGCUUACUCAGGUUAAUUGGGGUGCAACACCUCUCAUUUCACCCUGGGCAUACUCCCAACUCCUGUGCAUCAGCUUAUUUUAGGGGUUUGCUGCCAUAGGGCCUUUGAUCGUUAAAACGUUGAAUCUAAAACAACCAAUGAUCUUGUGUUUCCCUUUUGCUGCCUUACAAAUUAAUGGCUUUCUCUGCAUUUUAUAGACUGUUUUAUACUAUGUCGUGCACCCUUCCCCCUUACUUACAGAAGGCUGGAUUUUGGCAAUCUAUCUCUUUCUCUCUCUCCCUUUCUCUUUUGGUUCAUUCAAUGUUUAUUUUUGGUUAAAAGUUCUUUUUUGGGCAGGGUGGGCACAAGGAUUUUUUUUUUUAAAUGAGAUUUUAAUGUAUAGAGGUUUAAAGUAUUAAUGAAUUUAAAAAAAUGCAUAUAGUUAUACAGAAUUUUACCCCUUUUGGUUAUUUUACUGCUCUAGAAGCACAUUAUGAAUUUAUGGGCUUUUACCAAACAAACCUCUUUCCAGGUUUUCUACCCUAUCCCAAAUUCCAGGGAAUCUGUUAUGCAGGGCAUAUACAUAAAAUGAAACAUGGCUGGUUUGUGGCUCACUAAUGUAACUUGUAGUGUCUGUAGCCCUUGGAAGUCACAGUCCAACAUACACUAAUGUGCCUUACUGACAGGAACCUUCAGGCUGCAUCACUGAAAGUCUUAAACAUACAGUACCUUCCCUAUCUUCCUAGGUAGGAAGGGCAGAAACCAUUGUUCAUCUGCGCUGCUGCUUGUAUAUAGGAGACUGAAAUGGGUUUUAGCCCUCUUGCAUAUAUACCCUUGAAUGGAGUGGUGUUGGGCAUUUGGCAGUGCAGACAUUCACCACUAUACAGAUAAUUUGCUGAAAUAAAAGUGGAAGCUGCAGAAUUUGCUCAUAUAUGAAAAAGGGUUCUAGGUUGUUGAAAGCGAUAAUAUACUCGGCUGAGGAGGGACACCCCUAACUAAUAAGGUGUGUGGGGGGGGGGGGGGCUAGCACAGUAUGUUAUCAUUAUUAUAACACAUUAUUUUUCUGCAUAAAUAGUCAUUCAUAGAACAGUGCAGUCUCUUUUAAGCAGGGUUGCACUGAAUCUAUGUUUUGACUGAAUCUUAAAUCUUUCUCAAAGUAUUUGGCCUAUCCCAAACCAAAUACAAACCCCAAAAAGAAAAAAAAACUGCACGAGGAAUGCUUUUUGAUAUUUUUCUUAAUCAUGUGACCUAGAGUCAUGCAAUCUUAAGGGUUCGACCAGGCAUAAAUCCUGCUGAAAAAGGCUAAGGCAGGAUUUAUUUACUGUAUAAAUGCAGUGGAAAUAUUCCAUGUCCUUAUGCAACUCUUUCCCUUACAGUAACCCAAAUGUAAAGAAAAGCACUACUUAUUGUGGAGGGAACCAGUAAAUGACAUCUCCCCAAACCCUCAGCCAGCUGUAAUGGGUGGCCACCCGAUCAUUUGCUUAUCUAAAAAGUUCACUGCCAAAGGCUUCAGACACCAGCCCUAGAAAUCCUCAGGACUAUAUAAAGAACCCCCUCCCUAAAAACUGGAAUCCUAAGCCUAUAGCUUCAAGGGUUUUCUGUGACCAGUCUCACUGCCAGGGGGUGGGCUCAGAAAGAAGAUGGUGUUGUGAGCUGCGUAGCCCUUUUGGCAGGGGCUAGUAAUGGUGCAGCGCAUACCAGCAGAACUGAGGGCAUAGGGACAAGGGUCUCGCUCUGGGACGGGUACAACUGUUUUCUGAGUUUAACCUCAAUAUGUAUAUUAAAUUUUCCCCUGCAUACACAAAGAUUGUAAAUAUAUUUAGCAAAGUCUGUUCACAUUUAAGAAUGUAUAUCUCAAACAAUAAAAAAAAACUUCAAAGUU